UAGUAAAGGUUAAAAUUUAAAACUCUCUUCAUUCAUCUGUCGGUUGUUAACUUCUCUACGUCAAUAAUAUCACCCUCCUCCUCACCUCUCAUUCUUACAAUCCUCCUUUUCUCUCCGUCUUCCGGUGAACAUCCGUCCAAACGAAUAACCUUCACCCUUGGAUCACUCGCCCUUGUUAUAUACCCCCUGCAAUUUCUAUACCAUGAAUCACGAAUAUGAUUACUUGUUCAAGCUUUUGCUGAUUGGGGAUUCGGGAGUCGGCAAAUCUUGUCUCCUACUUAGAUUUGCUGAUGACUCAUAUAUUGACAGCUACAUCAGCACAAUUGGUGUGGACUUUAAAAUCCGCACCGUUGAGCAGGAUGGAAAAACCAUUAAGCUUCAAAUUUGGGACACAGCUGGACAAGAAAGGUUCAGGACAAUUACCAGUAGCUACUACCGUGGGGCCCAUGGCAUUAUCAUAGUUUACGAUGUUACUGACCUAGACAGUUUCAACAACGUUAAGCAAUGGUUGAGUGAAAUUGACCGUUAUGCAAGUGAAAAUGUGAAUAAACUUCUUGUUGGAAACAAAUGUGACCUUACAGAAAGUAGAGCCGUGUCCUAUGAUACUGCUAAGGAAUUUGCGGAUAACAUUGGCAUUCCGUUUAUGGAAACUAGUGCCAAAGAUGCUACCAAUGUUGAGCAGGCUUUCAUGGCCAUGUCCUCUGACAUCAAAAACAGGAUGGCAAGUCAGCCUGGGGCAAACAACACGAGGCCACCUUCUGUGCAGCUCAAGGGUCAACCUGUUGGUCAAAAGGGCGGUUGCUGCUCAUCUUAGAAUACCAGUCUUGCAGCUGUUUGAUUAUAAAGAAUCACCAUGAAUCCAACUGUCAUUCAAGUUUUUUGCUAUUUUAUUUUCAUAUAAUUCCCCUAUAAAAGCUAUUAUAGUUUUUAUUAUUUCAAGAAUUUAAUUUUUUUUUUUAAAAUUGGUUGUACAAAUUUGCAAAAACUGUCUGCUGCUAGUGUUGAUUUGCUAUUCUUUAUUCAUGUUUUGGGCUGCAGUUCUAAAGUCACUGCAACCAGAAUUCAUAUUUGUUUAAAUGUAUGAAGCAUCUAGACAUAUAUAUAUAUAUAUAUAUAUUCAAUAACAUACUAUUUGGUUA